AUGCAGCUCUCUAAAGUCGUUUUGGCUGUCGCCUUUUACUCCGUCGGUAUCGCCGCGGUUCCAACCCGAGCCAAGUGUACGCCCGUUGGAAGCCGUAGUCUCCAAAAUACAGUUACCAGCAACAGCGGAGUUGAGGUGAACAACGGCCUUAGGCUUAAAGCCCGGGGGGAGGACCACUACAUCCAAUGUGGAAAGUGUCAUCAAACCUUUGCUAGCGUAUCCGGGUAUUUGUGGCACUACACGAAUUGUAAUGGCAAAUAA